AUGGCUCCAAGAUUAACUCCUAAGAUUGUGAAGAAGAACACAAAGAAGUUCAAGAGACACCAGUCUGACCGCUUCAAGAGAGUGGAUGAGAACUGGAGACUUCAAAAGGGUAUUGACUCCCGUAUCAGAAGAAGAUUCAGAGGUACCGUUUACGCUCCAAAGAUCGGUUACGGAUCCAACAAGAAGACCAAGUUCUUGAACGUUCACGGACAGAAGGUUAUCACAGUCAGAAACAUAAAGGAGUUGGAUGCAUUGUUGAUGAACAACAAGUUGUACGCUGCUGAGAUUGCCCACAACGUUUCUGCCAAGCACAGAGUUACUCUUUUGGCCAGAGCCAAGGCUAUUGGUGUUAAGGUUACCAAUCCAAAGGGAAGAUUGACUUUGGAGGCAUAA